AUGGCGGGACUGCGGGCGCUGUGGCUGCUGGCGGCGGCGGCGGUGGGAGCGGCGGGGGGACACCCGCAGCCCUGCUACCCCCCGACCCGCCCCGGCCCCGGCGCCAGCCCCGGCCCCGCCGUGCGCCUCGCAGCGCUGCUGCCGCCCCCCGCCCCCGGCCGCCCUCGCCUCCGCGCCGCGCUGCUCAGAGCCACCGGUACCGUCACCGGGGGCAGCCCCGGUGAGGAAGGUCCUGGCCCCGGGGGGGGACCCCAAAACCUCAGCCUGGAGGUGGUGGCGGGCGGCCCGGCGACGCGGGACCCGGGCUCGCUGGCGCGGUGGCUCUGCCGGGCGCUGGCGGGGCGCGGUGUGGCCGCGGUCCUGGCUGUGCCCCGCUCCCGGCGGGAGCUGCUCCAGCUCGAUUUCCUCGCCGCCGCCCUCCAGAUCCCCUUCGUCAGCCUGCUGAACACCCGCGGGCCGCUGCCAUUCCGAGCGCAGAGCCCUUUCCACUUCCACAUGGACCGGCAGAGCUCACUGGGGACGCUGGUGGACGUGCUGGUGAGCAUCCUGCAGGCCAACGACUGGCAGGAGACCAGCCUGGUGCUCUGCCACCCCUGGGAUCUCUCUGGCUUCCUCGACCUCUGGGCCCACCGCUCCCAGCUCUUCCUCCGCACCGUCCUGGACCUUGGCUACCUGGACGAGCCCGGGGCCGCUCGCUACCUCCAGCAGCAUGGGGACCGCUUCAGGACGCUCUCCAGCCCCGUGCUGGUGCUCGGCUGCGACCUGCGGCGGGCUCGGAUCCUCUUCCGUGCGGCCGAGGAGCUGGGGCUGCUCCCGCAGGAUUUCCACUGGGUGCUGGGCUCCCCGCUCAGCGCCAGCGAGCUGCAGACCGAAGGGCUGCCCCUGGGGCUCCUGGCCUACGGGGAGGUCAAUCGGCCGCCGCUGGAGCUCUUCAUCCAGGACAUGGUGGGGCUGGUGUCCCAGGCUAUUGCCAGAGCUGCCCGCAUCCGCCCCGACCCGGCUCUCCUGCAGACCACAGCGAACUGCAGCGAUAGGCACCGGGCGGGCAGCGAGUCCUCAGGACUCUUCCUCUCCCGGUUCCUGGCCAACAGCUCCUUCCACGGCCGGACAGGACCUGUGCGUGUGGAGAACGCGACCCUGCUGCGCCCGGAGCAGCAGUUCCGCCUCUGGAGCCUGCGGAGGGACUCUCGUGGGGACCCCACCUGGGUGACGGUGGGCACCUGGCGGCAGGGCAAGCUGGAGCUGGAGGAGGGCACCUGGCAGAGCCACCGCCAGCGGCAGAGCCCCGGGGAGGGGGCCGAAGGGGCCCGUGCCAGGCUGCGGGUGGUGACGCUGGUGGAGCAUCCCUUCGUCUUCACCAGGGACGUGGAUGAGGACGGCAGCUGCCCGGCCGGGCAGCUCUGCCUGGACCCUGGCACCAACGACUCGGCCGUGCUGGAUGCCCUCUUCGAGGAGCUGGCUGCGGACAACGGCUCGGUGCCACGGGCCUACAGGAAGUGCUGCUAUGGGUACUGCAUCGACCUGCUGGAAAAGCUGGCCGAGGACAUGCCCUUCGACUUCGAGCUCUACAUCGUGGGCGACGGCAAAUACGGGGCCUGGAAGAACGGGCGCUGGACGGGGCUGGUGGGGGACCUGCUGAGCGGCGCUGCCCACAUGGCCGUCACCUCCUUCAGCAUCAACUCGGCUCGGAGCAAGGUCAUCGACUUCACCAGCCCCUUCUUCUCCACCAGCCUGGGCAUCCUGGUGAGGACCAAGGACACGGCGUCCCCCAUCGGGGCCUUCAUGUGGCCCUUGCACUGGACCAUGUGGGUGGGCGUCUUCGUGGCCCUGCACAUGACAGCUCUCUUCCUCACCCUCUACGAGUGGAAGAGUCCCUACGGCAUGACCCCCCACGGCCGCAACCGCAGGAAGGUCUUCUCCUACUCCUCGGCCCUCAACCUCUGCUACGCCAUCCUCUUCGGGCGCACGGUGUCCAGCAAGACCCCCAAGUGCUGCACUGGGCGCUUCCUCAUGAACCUCUGGGCCAUCUUCUGCCUCCUGGUGCUCUCCAGCUACACAGCCAACCUGGCAGCCGUCAUGGUGGGGGACAAGACCUUCGAGGAGCUCUCGGGCAUCCAUGACCCGAAGCUGCAUCACCCCUCGCAGGGCUUCCGCUUCGGCACUGUCUGGGAGAGCAGCGCUGAGGAGUACAUCAAGAAGAGCUUCCCCGAGAUGCAUGAGUACAUGAGGCGCCACAGCGUCCCCACCACCCCUGCUGGGGUCACCAUGCUCAAGACAGAGCCCCCCAAGCUCAAUGCCUUCAUCAUGGACAAGUCCCUGCUGGACUAUGAGGUCUCCAUCGACUCCGACUGCAAACUGCUGACCGUGGGCAAACCUUUCGCCAUCGAAGGCUAUGGCAUUGGUCUGCCACAGAACUCACCACUGACCUCCAACAUCUCUGAGUUCAUCAGCAGCUACAAGUCCUCAGGCUUCAUUGACCUCCUGCAUGACAAGUGGUACAAGAUGGUGCCCUGUGGCAAGAGGGUCUUUGCUGUCACUGAGACCCUGCAGAUGGGCAUCUACCACUUCUCUGGGCUCUUUGUGCUGCUCUGCAUUGGGCUGAGUGGGUCCCUGCUGACCUCUCUGGGGGAGCACAUCUUCUACCGCCUGGUCCUGCCCCGCAUCAAGCGCAAGAAGAAAUUCAACUACUGGCUGCACACCAGCCAGAAAAUCCACCGGGCUCUGAACAUGGGCACGGAGGAGCAGAAAAGCCAAAGGCUGAGCUUGGAGCAGAGGUGCACCCUGCAGCCGAGGCAGGUGCCGGCGGCAGGGCAGCCCUGGAGCAGCCUGCGGAAGGAGGCUCGGCGAGUGCGCUUCCAGCUGGACAAAGCCCCCCCCGAGGGCCGGGGGUCCCCGCAGCACCCCGGGAACGGGCAGGCGCUGCAGCCCCUGGACAGGGCGGCCGGGGAGAGCGAGCUGCAGGAGCUGGAGGUGAAGAUCCAGGAGAUGCGGGACCAGCUGCGGGCAGCCCUGCUGAGGAAGAGCGAGCUGGUGGCCGUGCUGGGCACGGCGAAGAGCGGCCGGGCGCUGCCCGUCCCGACCGAGCCCCAGGAGAGGUGA